CUCCACGAGCUCCUGGCUGGUAGCGUGGAGUUGAAACCAGAGAGGAGGUCGCUGUAGUAGUUUUGUUUUAAAGAAAAAGUUACAGAAACUCGUUGGAGACAGAAUAGAGUGUGAGUGGUUUACAUGGUGACAAACUACAAACUCAGAGGUAAUUAUUUGUUCAUAUGAAACAGUCAAUUAGAGUGAAAAACAACAACGUUUAGUUCGGGCUCGCUGACUUCUGCAUGGUCGCUAGCUAGCUAGGACUUAGCUCCAAGAGCUACUUGGCUAGCUGGCUAGCGAGGUCCAGCCCAGAAGUUGUUUACUUCAACUUGUGGAUGUGGUCACCCCUUGAGCUUUUCACGACUUUUCUUGGGGAUAAGAGAGCAAGGACUAACAAUUCACACUGGAUUUAACACUGUGCGCUGUUAGGAAACUAGCAGGAUGUCCACAGAGGUUGAGUGUGCUCAGGUUGACUCGGGUUUGACAGCGGCCAGCCCGAGCGGAGUGGUGGAGAAGAACCAAAACACGUCCCAGGGUGCUCACCUGGACAAAGGACAAGAUCAGGGGCAGAAAGUCUUGGAAAAACAACUAGCGGACAGCCACGACUCCGGGGCUCCCAAGAGCCCAGCGGAUAUAGAAAAGGAAAGCAAAGAAAACUGUAAAGAAAACGACCAAAGUAGUAACGCUGACUCGGCUGUUGAGACGGUGAAGAAGAAAGUUGUUGAAGCGCCUCCGCCGAAAGUCAACCCGUGGACUAAAAGGACCACGGGCAGAGUGCCGGUCAGCAGUACCAACUCUAGCUCUCAAGACAAAGAUCAGCAAAAUGCUCCGAAAGUCGUCCGCGCCACCAAGCCCAGAACGAGAAAAACCAGCAAGUCAAGUGACUUCAGUGACAUCACUAACUGGCCUACGCCUGGAGAACUGGCCAAAGAGCAACAACAAAAUGUCCUCAACAACAAUGGAAAGAAGCCUCCCUAUUUGCGCAGAGAUAAGGAGAAGAAACGAGAGCGACCAGAGAGAAAAUCUGAGAGCAGCCAUGAUGGAGGUGAGAGCAAAGAGAACCAGGAGGCUCAGGUGGAGCCGAUGGGAGAGCUGACCAAAGAUGAAGAGUCAAAAGCAGGACAGGACGCCAAGAGUGCCAACCUGAGGAAGAGAGGAGGUAACAAACGUAAGUGGGUUUCUCUGCCGCUGGAGGAAGUGUCCCGGGAUGAUGAUGCCAUGACGCCCGGCAGGGGCCCAGCACGCUCAGACACAGAGCCCAUCGAUGACUCGUCUGACCUCACGUCGCCUAAUCAAACGCUCCAUAAUAACAGGGCGCAUGAUAGCACCAGGAGUUGGCGAAGAGAGCCGCGGGACUAUGGCGACGAUGCUUCAAGCAUUCGGAGCGACGGUGGGAGUGUUCGUGGAGGAAUACGAGGAAGAGGGAAGGGACGUGGACGCGGAAGAGGUCGUGGGCGAGGGCGAUAUGAAUACCCGCUCAACUUUGGAGACUCUCAGUCAUCUGAUGGUUCUGCUCAGGCCCCUGCAGAGUUUGGCACCAACAUGGUUUACUACUACAAUGAUGGCAACAAAUUCCAGAUGUACACAGUGGACGAAAAGCUUCUUAAGGAAUACAUCAAACGGCAAAUUGAGUACUACUUUAGCCUCCACAAUCUGGAGCGAGACUUCUUCCUGAGGAGAAAAAUGGACGCGCAGGGUUUCCUCCCCAUCUCCCUCAUCGCCAGCUUCCACAGAGUGCAGGCCCUCACCACUGACGUCAGCCUCAUCAUUGAGGCUCUGAAGAGCAGCACAGAGGUGGAGCUGGUUGAUGAAAGGAUCCGCUGUAAAACAGACCCUGAGCGUUGGCCGAUUCCCACCCCUACCACCGUUGGUUCUCCUCGCACCGACUUCUCCCAGCUCAUUAACUGUCCUGAGUUUGUUCCUCGACAGACCCUCAAUGCCACAAACUCCGCUUCAUCACCUGUGAAGGCGACGACUCCUGAUCCCGUGCAGCCUCAGGACUCCCCUGACCCUGGCUCCUCCAGCCAGGAAUCUCUACCGGCCACAGAUGACUCCAAAGACGCCCUCGCCCCCAAGCCCGACCCUGACGCCUGGAUCCAGGUUGAGAAACGUCAUAGGCAGCCCUCUGCAAAAGCAAAGUAUGUCAGUGAUGAAGUGUGCAUUGCCGGCUCUUCUCUCUCCACAUCGCUCCAGCCUCACUGCCUUUCCUCUGCAGGGGAUAGUAAAACGCCUCCUCCCAGCCAGCAGCCGCCUCCACAGGCAGAGCCCGACCAGGAGGAGCUGGACUUCAUGUUCGAUGAGGAAAUGGAGCAGAUGGCGGCCAGGAAGAACAAGUUCACAGACUGUUUAGAUGAGGACGACUCGGACUAUGAGCUGGAUGACCAGGAUGUGAACAAGAUCCUCAUCGUCACCCAGACUCCACCCUACAUCCGUAAGCAUCCCGGUGGGGAUCGGACAGGUAACCAUGAGUCCCGAGCUAAAAUUACUGCCGACCUGGCCAAAGCCAUCAACGACGGGCUGUACUACUACGAACAGGACCUGUGGAAGGGGGAGGAGCCAAUCGAGUGCAUCAAGCAGGAAGUGGAGAACUUCAAGAAGCUGAACGUCAUCAGUAAAGAUGAGUUCGACACUCUCACCCCCAAAGCGCCCGUUGACCCAAACCAGGAAGUUCCAUCUCUUCCCAUGCCAGCAGACAGUGGAGCAGAGUUGGCUCGUUCGGUGCCCACAACGGUCCCACAGUCGCCCAGAGCUCACCAACCCCGGACCCCUAGAACCCCUCGCACCCCCGGACGCCAGGACCCCAACAAGACCCCACGUUUCUACCCCGUGAUGAAGGAGACCGGCACCAUCGAUGGACAGACGCCCAGGAAGAAGAAGACGAGCCACAGUUCGAACCCUCCCCAGGAGGCUCACAUAGGCUGGGUGAUGGACUCUCGCGAACACCGACCGCGCUCUGCGUCCAUCAGCAGCUCCAAUGCCUCUCCAUCAGAAGGAGCCCCGCUAUCAGGAAGUUACGGCUGUACCCCUCAGUCAUUGCCCAAAUUUUGGCAUCCAUCCCAUGAGCUGCUGAGGGACAAUGGCUUCACUCAACAGGGAUAUCACAAGUACCGCCGACGGUGCCUUAAUGAGCGAAAACGGUUGGGGAUCGGCCAAUCUCAGGAGAUGAACACUCUGUUCAGGUUCUGGUCCUUCUUCCUCAGGGACAACUUCAACAGGAAGAUGUAUGAGGAGUUCAAACAGUAUGCUGUAGAAGAUGCCAAAGACAACUACAGGUGAGGCGGACAUUUAAAUCCUGAGCUCUGUGUCUGUGCCCUAGGGAUAAGAAGUAAAUGU